UGCAAAGUCAUGGUGUGCAUGUGUGAACACAGUGCUUAUGUUCCAUAAAGAGCAGAUACGUAUUGUCUAUACUAACACAGGGACCAUAGGUUUCUCAGGAAGGUCCCUGCAUUAUGAACUUCACACUUCCUAAGAUUCUGAAGUCUGUAGAGAAAAAAUCUGUACAGAGCAACUGUUAUGGGUUAGAUGUAAUGAGAAACAGCUACAGCUAGGAGAGCAUAUAUUGUUUCAUGUGUGGUGUUGUACAGCCAUGAUUGAUAGAAGGUGUGAUGCCAUUACAGAACUGUACAAAUUCAGAGAAGGUUUUAGUGGGUCCAUAUGGUGAGACAUGCCCAGCAAGUCAUGAUACAAGCCAGGCCAUGAAUAUUAAAGCCGAGGAUGUCUCGGACUCACAAGAGGAAGCGGAUCCUGUGCGAAUGACAUUUCAGGAAAUAAAGGCUAAACCUGAGAACUGUAGAAAUUUGGAGAAUGCUUUAGUGGGUCCAUAUGGUGAGACAUGCCCAACACCUAAUGAUGCAAAACAGGCCAUGAAUGUAAAAGCGGAGGCAGUCUCAGAUGCAGAAGAGGAAGAGGAUCCUGUCCCAAUAACAUUUCCAGAAAUAAAAGCUGAACCUGAGGGUAAUUUGAAUGAACUUCAAACCAUACAUAGUGAGGAGCACCAGUAUUCUUGUGAUGAGUGUCGUGAUUCAUUCAGUCAAGAGGAAAUUCUGGUAGCACAUCAGCACAUACAUAGUGGGGAGCAGCCAUUUUGUUGCAUCAUGUGUAAGAAGUCAUUCAGUCAGCAGAGUAGUCUGAAGGCACACCAAUGCAUACAUAGAAUGCUUGCUUCAUUUUGCAUAAGAUGUACCAAACAUUCAUCCCUCAAUAACUUUGCAUCAGCAGAGCUCUUCCUCAUGUGUUACCACAUGUUGUCUGUUGCUGCAUCACCAGAACUGACCCUGUUACAUGGUCCUGGAAUAUGUGUUGCAUUUUGUGUGUCUUCACCAUUUAAGUCGUGGGCAGCACAUGAAUGGGUUUGCAAGUUGCAGUUGUCCUCAGAAAAAUGUGAAG